ACGGAUAUACUACCCCACUAGCUGGAAGGCGCCAUUUUUAUAGUAGUAGCCCACACACACACACCUCAUCACUUCACCACGUCGCCUUCGUCUUCCUCCUCCCCAACACAAACAAACACAAAAAAACCUUCGCCGACUCUCGCUCAACUCACCUCACCACCGGAGGCAGCUUAGCUUCCUUCCUUCCUCCUCCAUCCAUGGCGGAGGAGCAGUCCAAGGCCCAGGCGGGGGCGAAGGCCCUGUCGGAGCCGGUGCGGGUCGGGGGGUCCGCGGCGGAGGCCACGCUCUCCGGCGGGGAGCUGGCGUGGCGCCCCACGGGAGGCGGCGGGGGAGGAGGGGAGGCGGGGAGGCUGGAGCUGGAGUCCGAGGUGCUCGGGGUCCGGGUGGACGGGAGGGCGCUCAGGGUCGCGACCUUCGCGAGGGGCGACGACGCGGCGGCGGCGGCGGCGCGGCCGGCGACGUGCGGGGGCGGGGAGAGGAGGAGGGAGAGGGAGAGGGAGAGGGAGGUGGUGGUGGAGAUGGAGAGCGAGGAGGCCGCCGCGGCGUGGGGGGACGCCAUGAGAGAUCGCCUCGCCUCGCUUGGUCGGCCAAAGAGAUUGUUCAUCAUAGUUAACCCUUAUGGUGGAAAGAGAGGUGGGCGGAAGAUUUUCCAGACUGAGGUCCUACCUCUCAUUGAAGCUGCUGGCAUCCUUUACACCAUGCAAGAAACCAAGCAUCGGCUUCACGCUCAAGAAAUUGCUCAUUCACUGGAUCUUAGGAAAUAUGAUGGAAUUGUUUGCGUCAGUGGAGAUGGUGUACUUGUAGAGGUGGUUAAUGGUCUGCUGCAAAGAGAGGACUGGAACACAGCAAUAAAAAUACCAUUAGGCAUCAUCCCGGCAGGUACCGGAAAUGGAAUGGUGCAAUCACUUGUGCAUUUUGCUGGUGAAUCCUUCUCCGUUUAUAACGCUGUGCUUGCAAUUAUCAGAGGUCACAAGCGUCCCCUUGAUGUUACCUCUGUUGUGCAGGGAAAGACAAGGUUUUUUAGUGUCUUGAUGCUUACUUGGGGUCUGGUAGCUGAUAUCGAUAUUGAGUCAGAGAAGUACAGGUGGAUGGGCAGUGCUCGUCUUGACUUCUAUUCCCUUCUCCGUGUGGUGAGCUUGCGGCGGUACAAUGGGCGUGUUCUUUUUGUUCCAGCCCCAGGAUACGAAGGACUUGGUGAUCUUGUAGAGCAAAUUAGCAGUUGCAAAUCAAAUGGGGCUAGCACUGGUGUACAAGAGGACAGAUCAAAUGAUUUUAAUGACGAAACAUGUGCUUACGCAGGCCCUUCAAUUGAUGAAACUGAUCAUGAGUGGAGAUCACUGGAUGGCCCAUUUGUUUCGGUUUGGGUCAGUGGUGUUCCUUUUGCUAGUGAAAAUGUCAUGACAGCACCAGAAGCAAAGUUUGGAGAUGGCUACUUGGAUGUAGCCAUAAUCAAGGACUGCCCUAGGUCGGCUCUUGCUGGGCUGAUGUUUCAGAUGAAGGAUGGCAGCUAUGUCAAAUCCCCCUAUGUGGAGUACUUCAAGGUGAAGGCUCUCAGGAUUGAGCCGGGAAUGCGGGUGGGCAGCACCACCAAGGGCGGCAUCAUCGACUCCGAUGGCGAGGUGAUCGCGAGAGGGGAUGGAUCACACACUGGCGACGAGAUAGAGCACCUGAUGGCCUAUGGCCCUCCCAUCCAACUGACGGUGGAUCAGGGCUUGGCCACCAUUUUCUCCCCUAGAUGAUGAUGAUCCUUGAUCCUGCCCUGAAUUCUUCGCUUCUUUCACAGCAUAUGCUACAUACUUACAUUACACCUGUAAUUACUCACACACCACAAAUACAAGGAGAGCCACCCAAAAGCGCAAUGUCCGGCGAGAUCUUCCUCUCUCUCUUUUUGGCACUGAUCAGUGAUAGCUGCUUUACUCAAAAGUGUGACAGAGAUUUGUAUACCACAAGAUUCCUGAUCAAUGCUGCUACUAUGCUUACAAGCCUACAGCUGCUACUAUACUUAUCAAUACAACUGAAACUGCAGUUUGCAAAGACAAGUAGAGGCCAACCUGCGAACCACCAAUAUCCUACUACAGGUGUGUUUACGGGCUGGGCUGUUCUGCUUGCAUCUCAUUUCAGAGGCUCCAACCUUCCUACGUGAAA